GUUCAGUUUGUGUUGGUGGUUUACUCUGACUUUAUAGGUUAUGUGUGACAGUUUAUGAGUGUAUUGUUUUCUGAAAUACUUUUAAUUGAAGAUAAGACAGAAAAUAUUAACGAUGAGUGAUGGGCGGAAACGAUUGAGUGGUUCUGGCUACCGAAAAGAAGCUCAGAAAAAACUGGAAAAACAAAGAGAAGUAGUAGAAAAAACCGCAAAGAUAUCAAAUUUUUUUAAGAAAAGCAACUCUCAAGAUGAAAACUUAAAAUGUACUCCUACCGACGACAAUGUCACUCCGUGCGGUAGUGGUAGGCCUAAUUAUGGUCAGACUCACGUAAAAGAAGGUGAUGAUGCUCUUAAUGACGCUGAAGCAUCGAUUAAGGAACCAGAGCGUCCAUCCUCAUCACGGUCUUCAAAUGAAGAUAAGGUGAUACCGUAUUCUUUGGAUGUUAAAAUUGUGGAUGACCCAGCUUUGUGGGAGAUAAAUGACCGUACUCGUGAAUAUGUGGUUACGAGAGGAAUCAACCAAAACAUAGAUGAAAUGGAUUUAUCACGGUCAAAAAGAUUAAUUGGAGGGCAAAAUCGAUAUUUAUCUAAGUCCCUUCUGAAAACAAAGCUGAUAAACGGCAAAGAGAUGAAAAGAUCCUACUUGAUGUAUUCCGAGAGCAGUGGCAAAUUGUAUUGUGUUCCCUGCCAAUUAUUUGGUGGCACAACAAAACUUGCGAAAGAAGGUUGUGAUGACUGGAAGCAUGGCAAUGACAUUUUGAAAUCGCAUGAAAAUUCCUCUGACCACAAAACAUGUGUAUUGGUAAUGAAAACCAGGAUGUCAUCAAAGGGAAUACAAUCACUGCUCACCAGUCAAAUUGAAGACGAGCAAAACUACUGGCGCAAUGUACUGAAGAGAGUGGUUGCAGUAGUUAAAUCCCUAGCAGCUGCAGGUCUUCCUUUAAGAGGGCACGAUGAGAAAUUCGGGUCAUUGUCAAACAGUGGCAAUUUCAUCUUGUGUCUAGAAUUGAUUGCCGAAUUUGACCCAUUCAUAGCUGAGCACAUCGCUAAAUAUGGAAAUCCCGGACAGGGUCAUACUUCAUAUUUAUCCUCGACUACUUAUGAAGAGUUUGUAAAACUAAUGGCCCAUAAAGUCGUGAAAGAAAUAGUAGAAGAAGUUAAAGUAGCGAAAUAUUUUUCUAUUAUUGUAGAUUCUAGCCCAGAUAUUACGCAUACAGACCAACUCGCAAUAGUCCUUCGGUAUGUGUUACCUAACGGAAAGUCCGUUGAAAGAUUUCUUUGUUUUCUUCCAUCAGUUGGCCACAGAUCAGAAGCUCUGUUUGAUGCAGUUAUUAAAGUUCUGGCCGAAAAUGAAAUUGAUAUUGAAAACUGUAGGGGUCAGUCAUUGGUAAUGCAUCGAAUAUGUCCGGUAUGUAUACUGGCUUACAAGCCAGGAUUCGUGAGGUUAGCCCUUCUGCCAUGUAUACUCCAUGCUCUGCACACUCUCUUAAUUUAGUUGGAGACAACGCUGCCAGCUGUUGUACAGAAAGUACUAAUUUCUUCUUACUUCUUCAAAACCUUUACGUUUUUUUCACAAGCUCUACCAAGCGAUGGGAAAUAUUGAAAGAAUUAUUGGUGAAAAAAGAGAAUGUUAGUUUAAAGAAAUUAUCAGACACUCGUUGGUCCGCACGUGAUGAUGCUUGUCAAAGCCUUAACAGAGACUGGAAUGAAGUAAUUGAGGCACUCACCGUCAUAUCAAAUGAUGAGAAUGAGAAACCUAAAACAAGAUGUGAAGCUUCUGGAUACCUUCAGCAAAUACAACGGCUAGAAACAGCGAUUCUCUCUAUUUUGUGGGGAGACUUGUUAUCUAGGUUCAACCUGACAAGUAAAAAGCUACAGUCAACAUACGUCGACCUAUCAACUGUCGCAAAACUCUAUGAGUCAUUAAUAGAAUAUGUUAACAGUAUUCGAGAUGAGUUUGAAAUCUAUGAAAAUGGAGCCCUUGAGAAGGCUGGUAUUGCUGAGUACGAAGACCAGACCAGAAGAAAAAAGAAACGAAAGCUUUUAGCGGGCGAAACCAGAGAUAAUGAAACUGAGCUCAGUGGUGGAAUUGCAUUUAAAACCAACACUUAUCUCGUCAUCGUUGACAGGCUCAUAUCCGAAUUGACCAGAAGAAAGGAAGUGUACAGUUUGCUUAGCGCAAGAUUUGAUUUUUUAAUCAGUGGAGCAACUAUGAACAGUAAUGACAUAAAAGAUAAUGCAGCGAGGUUGAGCAAAGAAUAUCCUAAUGAUUUGCCAGAUGCGGAAGAAUUCGGCAAUGAAUGUCUACAUUUCUUUGGAUUCAUUAAAACCAUCGACAAAGAAGAUCGCCCAAAGACACUCCCCACUUUU